UUCGCUGCAGUGCUUCGAAAGCGAAAUAAUUUUGAAUUUUUUACCCGUGGAAAUUUAAUUUUUUGAACAAUUUUCUGUUUUACUUAACUAAUUUAAUUAAUUAAUUUUUUGCUAUGAAGUGUCAAAUUCCGGAAAUAUCCUGGCAUAACAGAGAUCCGGUGCUGAGUGUUGAUAUCCAACCGAAGACGGGAUGCGAUAAAAAUGAUUUCUACCGAUUGGCUUCCGGGGGAACCGAUACGCAUGUUUUGAUUUGGCACAUGAAUCAGAGUGCUAAAUGUGGCACUAUUUCACUGGAUGUGGUCGCCGAUCUGGCUCGUCAUCAACGAGCUGUUAAUGCAGUUCGAUGGUCUCCGAACGGAGAAUUACUGGCAUCUGGUGACGAUGAGAGUGUGAUUUUUAUCUGGAAGCAAAAGGGUGAAACUGAGGUGCUCAACAUCGUCGAUGCCACCAACGACCAGGACAAGGAAAUCUGGAUCACACUGAAGAUUCUUCGUGGGCACAUGGAGGACGUUUAUGAUCUAUGUUGGUCACCAAAUUCGAUGUAUCUGAUAAGUGGAUCCGUUGACAACACGGCGAUGGUUUGGGAUGUCAAUAAGGGAAAAUCUCAACACAUUUUUUCAGAUCAUAAAGGUUUCGUUCAAGGAGUCGCUUGGGAUCCGAAAAACCAAUACCUAGCUACGCUCAGUUCGGAUCGCUAUUUUCGGGUGUUUGAUCUACAGUCGAAAAAGGUUCUGGCGAGAAAUAACAAAUGUUCACUCCCGGCACCAAAAGAUUCUCCUCUGCAUGGACAAACCAUUCGAUUGUACCAUGAUGACACUUUGCAAACGUUUUUCCGCCGGUUAAGCUUUAGUCCGGAUGGAAAUUUGAUAAUCACGCCUGCUGGAGUAGCGGAAAUUCCGGGAGUUCCCAAACCGCUCAAUACGACAUAUAUUUAUACGAGGAAUUCCCUGAGACAGCCUGCAAUCACCUUACCCUCGCCAGAUCAAUACACGGUAGCCGUUCGGUUUUGUCCACGAUAUUUCAAGCUGCGACCUCAUCCGGACAACAAACCACCGGUCAUUCCGCUCCCAUACAGAAUGAUAUUUGCGGUGGCCACCAAAAGUUCUGUUUAUUUGUAUGACACACAGCAGAAAUCGCCUUUCGCUUUGAUUUCUAACAUUCACUACACUCGUCUUACGGAUCUUUCCUGGUCCAGCGAUGGAACAAUUCUCAUUGUGUCGUCCACUGAUGGUUUCUGUUCGAUGAUUUCAUUCACCGAAGAUGAAUUAGGUGAAGUACACGUGCUGGAGGCUGAUGAGUCAGUCGGGAUGGAGAAGGAGAAAACUCCAACGAAAAAAGCUACUGCCGGAAGAAAGAAAUCAAAGGACGGUAAAGAUGAUGAGAAGGAUAAGAAGGAUCUGAAAUUGGAAACUAUUCCAGAGGAGCUUGAUAGAAAAGAAGCUAAGCCAAUCGAGAUCAGGAGGAAACCCAAAGAUGCCAGCCCUAAAGAGGACAAACCAGCGCAACCGAUUGCCUUCAGAAGAAAACCAAAAGAAAAUGAGCAGGGAUCAGUGCAAGUAACAGAGGAAAUACCGGAUAAAAUACAAUCUGCGAAGGAAGAGGAUAAAGCUCCACAGCCAAUUGCGAUAAAACGAAAACCGGAAGAAGCGGACGUUACAGACGAAAAAAUUGAGGCACAGACAAAUGAGACUAGAAAGCGGCCCCGUUCCAACAGCUCUGAAAAGGAUGGUGAAUCCGACGAACCAAAACCCAUCGCAAUUCGUCGCAUCACACUAGAAAGUAGUGAUGCUAAGUCGGGAAUAAUCGUCAAAGAAAUUCCACCGAUUAAAACACCCGACGAGAAAAUUGCUCAACCAGCGAAGGAGAUCAUCAUUGAAGCAGAAAAAAUCAUUAGCAGCGACGAGAAAUUUGAGAGUCCAUCAAAAACCAGCCGCCCGGCGACCCCGAUUGCGGUACGACGACACCCUCGGACACCAGACAUAACACCGUCCGCUGGUGCCCCGGAGAGCUCUGAUCACGAUUCUUCGACCACACCCAAACCGGUGGUCCCGAAAAAAGCGGCCACUCCGAUUGCGGUAAGAAGGCAACCUCGCUGUUUAGCACCCGAAUCGGAACCAUCGAAUGCUGCGAAACCUACGGAGAUCGAAGAGGAUGCUGUGGACACUUGGCCGAUCGAUCAACCCAAACCGGUGAUGAAAUCCAUCGUUUGCAACUCUUCCCAUGCAGAAUCUGAGCAAACCGAGGAUUUCAAGUUGGUUAUUUCCGACGACGAAGAUGACGCCGAUGUCGCUAAUGUUGAAGAUCAACAGGCUGCUAAGGCGGUCGAUGGUGCUAUCAAGGAUGAAGAUUCCGCUCCGGCUACGGUGGUGACGACACCGAAAACGCCUCGUCGUGUGGAGUUUCGUACCUUAUCGACACCGAAGUCGAAGAAGAAAUUGCUCUGAGCUGGUGUGCUUUAUAUUUCUUUUUAAUUUAAAUUUAAUAUAGUUAUUUUCAAUCAAAA